AUGGCAUCAAGAGUACAAAAGAAAGAUGAUGAUGAGUCUGAUUUUUUAUUUGAAAAUUUAGAUAAAGGUCAAGUUAUUCAAGAGAAAAGAGCAUUUAAUGAAUCACCAAUUCAUCCAAGAAAAUGUUCAUUAGUAAUUUCACAAUUCCUUUACCUUUUAUCAAGAGGUGAUAGUUUUACAAAAACAGAAGCAACUGAUAUUUUCUUUGCUGCUACUAAAUUAUUUCAAUCAAAAGAUAUUCCAUUAAGAAGAUUAAUGUAUUUAUUGUUAAAAGAAUUAUCAACAAUUUCACAAGAUGCAAUCAUUGUUAUCAGUUCAUUAACAAAAGAUAUGUCACAUAAGAUUGAAUUAUAUAGAGCAAAUGCAAUUAGAAUUUUAUGUAAAAUCACUGAUAGUUCAAUUUUACCACAAAUCGAAAGAUACUUUAAACAAAGUAUUGUUGAAAAAGAUCCACACGUAUCAUCAGCAGCACUUGUUUCAAGUAUUCAUUUAUUAAAGGUAUGUCCAGAGAUUGUAAAGAGAUGGGCAAAUGAAGUUCAAGAAGCAAUCUCAAAUAAAUCAAAUAUGGUUCAAUAUCAUGCAUUAGCAUUAUUACAUAGAAUUAAACAACAUGAUCGUUUAGCAGUCUCUAAAUUGGUUAGUAAUUUAAUUAAAAAUUCACUUCGUUCACCAUAUGCUCAAUCAUAUUUAAUUAGAUGUUGUGUUGAAGUUAUUGAAGAGACAAAUACAGAAGAUAGAAUUUUCCGUGAAUAUAUUGAAUCAUGUUUAAGAAGUAAGAAUGAAAUGGUUGCAUAUGAAGCAGCACGUUCAAUUUGUACAUUUAAAAAUGUUUCAAAUAAAGAAAUUAACUCUGCUGUUGGAGUUUUACAAAACUUUUUAAAUUCAACAAAACCAACUUUAAGAUUUGCUGCUGUUCGUACAUUAAAUAAGUUAGCACAAACUAAUCCAACAGCAGUUAUACCAUGUAAUUUAGAUAUGGAAAAUUUAAUUACAGAUACAAAUAGAAGUAUUGCAACAUUAGCAAUUACAACAUUAUUAAAAGUUGGUAAUGAAUCAAAUGUAGAGAGAUUAAUUAAACAAAUUGCAAACUUUUUAGGUGAUAUCAAUGAUGAAUUUAAGAUUGUUGUAGUUGAUGCUAUUACAUCACUUAGUCAAAAGUUCCCAAAGAAAUACAAACAUUUAAUUAUCUUUUUAAAUAAGAUUCUUAGAGAUGAGGGUACAUUACAACUUAAACAAGCAACAUUGGAUGCAAUUUUAACAGUGGUAAACAAUAUUCCAGAAUCAAAAGAGAUUGCAUUGACCGAAUUAUGUGAUUACAUUGAGGAUUGUGAUUUCCCUGAUCUCUCUGUACAAAUUCUUCAUUUAAUCGGUCAAGAGGGUCCAUUAACUUCAUCACCAGCUCAAUACAUGAGAUACAUUUACAAUAGAGUUUUAUUGGAUGGUGGAAUCAUUCGUGCUGCCGCAGUUACAUCAAUUGCUAAAUUUGGUCUUCUCUAUGAACCAAUGAAAGAAAAGGUUGUCAUUCUUCUUCAAAGAUGUCUUUUGGAUGAAGAUGAUGAAGUUCGUGAUAGAGCAACACUCUAUCUUAAAUUAUUCAAAGAAAAUGAUGUUCGUUAUCUCAAUAAAGUACUCAUGGAUGAUGUACCUGUACCAUUGAACAAUUUACAAAAGAGUUUAGAGCUUUACUUACAUCAAGGUGAUUUUAGUGAACCAUUUGAUAUCGCCUCUGUUAGUACCGUGGUUGAAACUUAUCAAUCACCACUUCUCGGUGAUGGUAAAUCACCAUUCUCAACUGGUGCCUCUAAAAAAGGUGAUUCUGUCACUGGUACACCAAAAUCAAACAAUGCCUCAAACAACAACAACAACAACGAAGAAUCAUCAGGCCCAGAAUCAUUUGCUACUAAACUCUCUCAAAUUCCACAAUUUUCAACUUUUGGUAAACUUUUGAAAUCAAGUGAAUACAUUGAACUCACUGAAACUGAAACUGAAUAUGUUGUCAAUUGUGUUAAACAUAUCUAUCGUGAACAUAUCGUAUUCCAAUUCAAUUGUACCAACACUCUCAAUGAACAACAAUUAUCAAAUGUAUCUGUUAAAAUGGUACCUUCCGAUCCAAAAUUAUUAAAAUAUGAAUGUUCAAUCCCAAUCGAUGUACUCCCAUACGGUGAACCACAACAAUGUUAUGUUGCCAUUCGUUACAUUCCUGCCAAUGGUUAUCCAUUAUGUUCAUUCAGUAAUGCCCUCAAAUUCAAAGUUAAAGAAGUCGAUCCAUCCACUGGUGAACUCGAUGAACCAGGCUAUGAUGAUCAAUACAGUUUAGAGAGAUUGGAAAUCGUUCCAAAAGAUUUCCUCAAUAGAGCUUUCGUUGGUAACUUUUCCGAGGAAUGGAAGAAAAUGUCUGAAGAUACCCAAUUAGUUCAAACCUUUUCUUUAGUUGGUGUUAAAUCUAUCGAUGAAGCUGUAAAACAAAUCAUUAAAACAUUAGGUAUGGCCCCUGCUGAAAAAUCUGAAGUUGUCACUCCAAAAUCUGCCAAACAUAUCCUUUAUCUCACUGGUAAAUCAUUAAAUAAUCAAUUGAUUUAUGUUAGAGCAAGAAUGAAGUUGGAUCAAUCUCAAACUAAUACUGAUGUAGAAUUAACAAUUAAAUCCGAUGAUGAAUCAUUAAAUGAUUUUGUAAUUUCUGCUUUCAUUGAAAAAUAA